ACUGCUCUGGUCAGGGUGAGGAGGCCUUGAAGGACUGGAGCACCGGGACCAGAGAGGGAAACGGGGACAAGGGAGGCUUCUGAGGUUUCUCACAUCACCCCCGGAGCCCGAAUAUCCUGCUCCAGUGCGAGACACAGAGACAGAGACCGAGAUAGAGAAUGAACACAGGAGAGAGGGAACCAGGAGAAGUCACACUUUCCUCCAUCAGCUUGGAAAUGACCUCCCAAAAGUGUUUUGCCCCAUUCUCUCCCUGAGAGCGCGGUCACACAGGCCAUCCACCCUGGAGGGGAGGGGAUUCCACAGGGAUGUGUGAGCAGGAUUCGGGAAUGCCCGGGAACCACUGUGGGGAUUGCCCAGCACGUGGGCGCAGACGAGGCCCUGGGGCCUGAGCCUAACCCUGAUGGGAGCCCCUGGAAGUCUGCGUCACCAGGGGACAAGGUCGGAAUCCGUUCAUUGCAACCUUCCCUCAGGGGCUGGGACACAGGCAGGAGGGGAGUGGCUUUGCCUGGACCCCAGAGCGGACCAGGCCCCUCUGAGCUGUGCUCCAUGUCCGGCCCAGCCCCUGGCUGCUCCUUACAUUGUCGAGUGUGCACCAGCCUCCUGUGAUGGCAGAGACAGCCCCCGGCCCAGCUCAUUUCGUUAGAGAUCCUCAAACGAAGAUGUUCACAUGCUGCCUUCCGAGGUCCAGAGGCUGUAGGCGGAAGAAAGCACACCCUGCGAACGCUGUCCCCCCACGAUGUCGUGUCAGGGCUCCCCACUGCCUCUGGCCGUUUGGUCAGAAAGAUCACAAGACCACGGAUGAAAUCGGGAGGAGACUGGCGGACAUCCGUUCCAUUUCCGGGACCUGGGGCGUGACCCCACAGGGGUCCCCAGGAGCAGGUGCUGGGGAUUGCGGGGGAAGGCCUCCGACACCAACCAGACCACUGUCCCUGGUGGUCAUUGACUGGAUUGUGCUGCAGGAGCCGGACGCCACGGAGGUCGAGCCCGAGGCUGAGAAGCCUGGUGCUGGGUGCCUGUGGGUGUGUGGGGACGGGUCGGGGCUGACUCACAGGGAGGAGCCCCCAGAGGCUGGUGUGGGGCCAGGAGCAAAGACUGGACUGCAGUCGAGACGUCCCGGGGAGGGCUCCGUCCUGGCUGCGGCUUCUCUGGGAGGCCCUGGGCUGGGCUCUGUCUUGCAAAGGCCCACGGAGAGCAUGCACGGGGUGAGCUUUUCUCCUCUCACCGCUGCUCCACCACCUAAGGAGCUAGAGUUGGCUCCAACUCCAUCAGCAGCUCUGCAGGGAGGGGUGGUGCCUGCAGAGACGUCAGCAGGAGACCAGGAGCCAGCAGGUGACCUGGCACCUGCCCACGGAGAGCCUGACGCCGACCAGGAAGGGCCUGCUGGAGAGCCUGUGCCCGGAGAGCCUGCCCCUGUUCCUGCCACUGUUCCUGCCGGAGCCGGUGCCCCUGUGCCUGCCCCGAACUGUGGCUCUGCUCCUUCCCCAGACCCGGCUCCUGCCCCUCCUCCUGCUCCUACAGGGCUCCCAGAACCACAGCCAGAACCCAUAUCCUUGCGGGGAGAGCCCCUUGUACAAUUACCCUUAGUUCCAUCAGCUGACCCCAACAUCCCGCCAUAUUGUUUCAUGCCAUCCCCUUAUUUUCUUUCUCUCGGUACAAAUUAACUGUUAUAUUAUCUUUCCUUGUCCUAUA